AUGGCUACUGUGCAGAAACCAUCGAUUAAUCUGACUAGAUUAAGCAGCUUUCAGCGGUUACAGCGAGCGUGGACGUAUGUGAUAAGAUUCAUCAAAAACGCCCGCACUAAGCAACGAGAUACUUCGGCGCUCACGGCGCGAGAAUUGGAUGGUGCUAUCCAUGCCAUAAUAAAAUUAGUGCAAAAACAAGCAUUCGACGAUUUGUAUCAUGCCCUGGAGAACAACGUGAAUAAGCGCAACAAAUAUAGUGGAUUAGCUCCAUUCAUCGAUACAGAAGGUGUAAUUAGAGUUGGUGGAUGGCUAAAAUACUCAUCGAUUCCAUAUGACGGAAUGCAUCAGAUCCUGUUACCUGAGAAGCACCAUGUGACUGCUAUUCUUCUACGACAACUUCAUGAGGAUAAUUUCCACGUUGGGCAGCGAGGACUACUGUCAAUUGUUCGUGAACGAUAUUGGCCUGUGAACGCGAUGAUGCUUAUCAAGGGAAUCAUAUCCAAAUGCCAUGUGUGUUAUCGCCACAAUUCUCAACCGGUGAGUCAAUACAUGGGAGAUUUGCCUAACUAUCGAAUCACUCCAGCACCAGUAUUUUCGAACACGGGAGUCGACUAUGCAGGUCCAAUUUACCUCAAGGAAGCAGGAAGAAAAACCGUAGUGUAUAAGGCGUACAUAUGUGUUUUUAUUUGUAUGGCCACCAAGACACUCCAUCUGGAAGUGGUGUCAAAUCUAACAGCUGGAAAUGUUAUCGCUGCUCUACAGCGGUUCAUUAGCCGACGAGGAAUUGUUUCCAACAUGUUCUCCGAAAAUGGUACUACGUUCGUUGGCGCAAAUCAUGAGUUGGCAGACCUACGUCGACUCUUCGAAGACCAGGCACACCAGAGGAAGUUGCAUGAUUUCUGUGCCUCGAAGGGAAUCCAAUGGCACUUCAUCCCACCACGCAGCCCCCACUUUGGCGGUAUCUGGGAGGCUGGAGUUAAAUCUGCGAAGCACCAUUUGAAGCGAGUUGUUGGUGAAACCAAAUUGACUUUCGAGGAGAUGUCAACAUUCUUGACGCAAUGUGAUUAA